AUGCCCUCUAUAUACCCUUCAUGGAUCUCCGUGGGUCUGGGAUGGUAUUUUGUCUGCCUCAUACUGCUAAGGGGAGUAUGGGGUCAGACGAUCGAGUUCCAAAACAUCCCACCAACUGUUCAAGAGGACACCGAGAUCGUGAUCCUGUGGUCAGGUGGUGAUGGAGUGACGCCCAUAUAUGUUGAUCUGAUACAAGACGGACGGGUCAUAGAUGAUGUGGUCGACGAUGACGAACCUGAGGGCAAUGUCGUUCAAUCCUUCGAAUGGGACGUUGAUCUUGAGAACAAUCCCGGCGGCUACUAUACCUUGCGAUUAGUCCAGGGCACCCAGACAGUCGACUCUACUCCGAUCAAUAUCGUUGAUGAGUUGGGUCGAAGCGCGACGGAUCCUUUGCCCACUUCAACCGCGCCAGCCUCUGGAACCACAUCAGCUGCCGCAUCAACGUCCGACUCGGCGAGCGCCAGUCCCAGCGCGAGUGGCACUUCUGCCCCACCAACAGGAGAGCCGUCCAAUACUGCCGCUGCAACGGCCGCGGCUGAGUCAGGAACCCCCCCUGAAGGCAGCAAUCUGGAUAAUGAUGCCGUUGCAGGAGAUGGAGGUGGGUUAAGUGGAGGUGCUAUUGCAGGGAUUGUCAUCGGAGUACUUGUUAUUGUUGCCUUGGUAGGCUUGCUGGUAUGGUUCUUGCGGAGACGGGCACAAAGACGUCGCAUUAGGGCCAGGUCGACAGAACCAGGAUCUGGUUUGAAUGAUGAAAAAGACCACCGCGGAGAUGGUGACGGUACAUUCUUGACCGCUGCGCCGUUCGCUGCUGCUGCAGUAGGAGCUGCACACCAUGGCAAAGGCGGGAUUGAGCCAGACUUGGCGACAUCGGAGCUCGACGGUGGGAAGAAACCAUCGCAGAACAGACAGGGUGUGUAUGAACUGCAUGCCCCAGAUACUGCUCGGUCGCCAGCGUCCCAUGAACUGCACUCUCCUGACGCUUCGACGCUGACCAACAGCGGAACUGGCGGAACUGGCACUAUGAGCGACGUAUCGCGGACAGAGGCGGGAGAAUCGAGCGUCGGUGAAUUGAUUGGAUCGCCUGUGACCUCUGCGGUAAGUCCAGCAGCAGAUUCGCCACAAGAUACGCAGCGAGGGGCGAUCACACGGAAAGAAGUAGGGUCAACAGGUCCCAAUUCAAGCACUCGUCCAUCAGUGUACGAGCUUGACUGA